UCUCGCAUUUAGGUCAUUCCGCCUCUUGUCUUGUCUUCACUCCUCUCACACCAAAGCUUCGCUUACGCUUAGCAACAACAAUCAAACAAUGGUGUUUGUGAAGCCAUCCAAGUCGAAUGCUUACUUCAAGAGGUACCAAGUCAAGUUCAGGAGAAGGAGAGACGGAAAGACUGAUUACAGAGCUAGAAUCCGUCUCAUCAACCAGGACAAGAACAAGUACAACACACCAAAGUACCGUUUUGUUGUCCGUUUCACCAACAAAGACAUUGUUGCACAAAUCGUGUCUGCAAGCAUAGCCGGUGACAUUGUCAAGGCUUCUGCUUAUGCACAUGAGCUGCCUCAUUAUGGACUCACUGUUGGACUCACAAACUAUGCUGCAGCGUACUGUACUGGCCUUCUCUUGGCUCGCCGUGUUUUGAAGAUGUUGGAAAUGGAUGCUGAGUAUGAGGGCAACGUAGAGGCCACUGGAGAGGACUUUUCUGUGGAACCAACUGAGUCAAGGAGACCAUUCCGUGCUCUUCUUGAUGUUGGACUUAUCAGGACCACGACUGGAAACCGUGUUUUCGGUGCACUCAAGGGAGCUUUGGACGGAGGACUUGAUAUCCCGCACAGUGACAAGAGAUUUGCUGGAUUCAACAAGGAAAGCAAACAACUUGAUGCUGAGAUCCACAGGAACUACAUCUAUGGUGGCCAUGUCUCAAACUACAUGAAGCUGUUGACAGAAGACGAGCCAGAGAAGUUCCAGACUCAUUUCAGUCAGUACGUUAAGAAAGGAGUUGACGCUGAGAACAUCGAGGAGCUGUACAAGAAGGUUCAUGCAGCUAUCCGUGCUGACCCCAACCCAAAGAAAACCGUCAAGGCUGCUCCAAAGGAACACAAGAGGUACAACUUGAAGAAGUUGACCUACGAAGAAAGGAAGAACAAGUUGAUCGAGAGAGUCAAGGCAUUGAACGGAGCAGGUGGUGAUGACGAUGAUGAGGACGACGAAGAGUAAAUCACUGCAGUUUCUAUUGCUUCAUGCCUCUUGUAGCUUUUUACUUCUUGAGCUUAAUGCCUCAAAUUUUCUAUUUUCAGACUAAAAACUCUGUUUUUGUCUUCACAUUACUAUUGCGUUCGAGGAUUUUGGUUUUGAGGAUACUUUUCCUUUUAAGAAUUUAUUAUCUUUUUUCACAUUAUCUUA